AUGAAUGCAAAUUCAUUUCUGACAUUCACGACAUUUACGUGUAUUUCAGCCGCUUUGGGAAAAUUUGAAUACACAUUGUUAGAAACCAUUGAAGACAACCAGGACAGAAAUCUAACAUCUCCUGGAUACCCGGCAAACUAUCCAAACAAUGUUAUUUAUACAUGUACCUGGAUAAUUAAAACAGGAUACUCAGCAUACGUUUAUUUCGUCAUUUUCUUCAUGGAUAUCAAACGUUCGCAGACAAACCAAUGUAACGACUAUCUGGAGAUAACACAGAUUGAUCCUUGCUGCCACACGCCACUAAAGAGAUGUGGCCAAUUUACGAACAUACCUAUAUUGACAAAGGGGAAUAAAAUUAGGGUGUCUUUUGUAUCAGACAGGAGUGAAACAGGAAAAGGAUUUUUACUGUUUUGGAAUGUGUCUUUCAUACCAUCAAGUUCACCUUUAACAACAACGAGCAAAAAACAGAUAAGUACGAAAAAUUGAAGCAUAGAACGUAAGCAUAUGACAUACCAGUAAUGUGUGAUAUACGGAUGAAUAUACUUUUUUAU